AUGGAAGGCGGCAAGAAGCAGCACCACCACUUCGUCCUGAUCCACGGCGUCUGUCACGGCGCGUGGUCCUGGUACAGGGUGGCCACCGCUCUGGAGGCCGCCGGCCACCGCGUCACCGCGCCGGACAUGGCCGGGUGCGGCGCCAGCCCCGGGCGCGGCGAGGAGGUGGCGUCCUUCGAGGACUACAGCCGGCCGCUGCUGGACGCGGUGGAGGCGCUGCGGGAGGGCGAGCAGGCGGUCCUCGUCGCCCACAGCUUCGGCGGGCAGAGCCUCGCGCUGGCCAUGGAGAGGCACCCGGAAAAGGUCUCCGUGGCCGUCUUCGUCACGGCCACCAUGCCCGCCGCCGGGAAGCCCAUGACCUACGCCUUCAAACAGCUAUCGCAAGGGAAAGGGCCGGAUUUCUUCAUGGAUUGCGCGCUCGGAAGCGCCGGCGAUCCCCGGAAUCCGGACAAGACGUUCCUGUUCGGGCCAAAGUACAUGGCGCGGAGAGUGUAUCAGCUCAGCCCUCCCGAGGACCUGACCCUGGGAAUCGCGAUGGUGAGGCCGUCACGGCGGUUCCUCAACGACGACACGAUGAACGGGGACGUCCUGACGGCGGCGAGGUACGGAGCGGUGAGGCGUGUGUACGUCGUGGCCGAGGAGGACGAGUGGAAGCCGGCGGAGAUGCAGCGGCUGAUGGCCUCGUGGAACCCCGGCACUGAGGUCAUGGGGUUGCAGGGAGCUGAUCAUAUGCCCAUGUUCUCAAAGCCGAGGGAGCUCUCAGAAUUACUCAUGGUGAUUGCCAACAAGUACCCAGUACUGUAG